UCACAGUCUGAUACAGCUAUCUGUUGCAGGUGAGUACACGUGUGUUGGGCUAAAAACACAGCGACACAUGCGACUGAUUCAAACUACACACUGCGCAUGCGUGUCCUGUACUACGGGUGCCCACAGGAACUCCAGUUGUUUUGCGUUUCGAAGACAACAACUUUCUACAGCAAGACUUUCCCCGCCUGACUACACUCCAGUCAGUGUAUGGACUUCACUGAUAUGAGCACAUAUUGGGUAAUACUGAACAACACUAAACUUAAAUAACAUAAAAGCAUGUUUGGGAAUGUUUUUUCGAAGCAACUAACCGCUCAAAUAUUAUUUCUGACAGCUAGCUAAGUAACGUUAGCUAAUUAGCUUAACUAACGUUAGACUCUUGAGUAGGGGAACUCCUACUGCAGCUAUGAUAUGUAUUUCUCCCUGAAGGCAUAGAAACUUACUUGAAUAUAUGCCAAUAUGGUUCCCAGAUGAACUGAUUCUCCUUAACGUUGUGUGUUUUGCUACUUGGAUUACUUUCUCUUUCUUUUUCCUUGUUAUACGUAUUUAAUCUGCAUUGUAGAAGGAAACCUGAGAGAUAAGACGUCCAUGCCAACACUGUUUCUCUGUGAUUAUUGUACACAUGACCUCACGUAACCUGAAACUUGGGUCAUGAUUCAAACAGGUAGAACUGGAACUGGAUUUAGACGAACCCGCGACGGUCCGAAGGUUGUGUUUCAGCCUCAACACGAAAACUCACCCGGUGCAGAUAAGGUAUCAGGUCAGGUGAUGUAUGCUGGCUAUACACAAGACCUAUAUAAGUUGACCAUGCAGGACGUGGUGGGACUGAUUUGAGCAACAGCAGGACAAGCUUAAUAUAAUGGGGAGUCAGAGGAAUGGGUUCAAGAAAGAAAGCUUUAUUCUGUCGGUGGAUGUCGGGACAACAUCAAUCAGAUGCCACGUUUAUGACAAGGAGGCAAAAAUCCGAGGAGCAUGCACCACCAAGGUUGUUCCCUUGUAUCCAGAGACAGGACAUGUGGAGAUUGACCCAGAUGCAUUAUGGAAAGGGUUUAUCAGUGUGGUCAAAGGAGCUGUGGAAGAUGCAGGAGUGCAAAUGUGUCAGAUAGAAGGCCUGGGCAUCUCCACACAACGAGGCACCUUUACUACAUGGGACAGGAAAACUGGGGUUCCUUUCCACAACUUCAUUAGCUGGCAGGAUCAGAGGGCUGCAGACCUGGUGAAGUCCUGGAACAGUUCCUGCACAAUGAAGGCGAUGCGUGGCGUGACGAAGGUUCUCUACUUCAUGACCCGGCAGAAGCGGUUUCUUGCAGCAAGUCUUAUUGUCCUUUCCACGCAACAUGUCUCAAUACGCCUCUCAUGGGCCUUAUCGCACUAUAAACAGGUUCAACAAGCAAUAGCUGAAGAUAAUUGCUGCUUUGGAACUAUUGACACCUGGCUCCUUUUCAAUCUCACGAAAGGUCAGGUCCAUGUCACAGACUACUCUAAUGCCAGUUCAACGGGAUUGUUCGACUCCUAUCAGAUGUGCUGGAGUGGGUUAAUCGGCAAGCUCUUAUCUCUGCCUCUCUCUAUUUUACCCAAAGUGGAAAACACAGGCCAUUACUUUGGAUCCACUGACCCGUCCAUCUUCGGAGUCUCCAUCCCCAUCCUGUCAGUGAUGGCGGACCAGCAGGCAGCCAUGUUUGGAGAGUGCUGCUUUGGUGUUGGCGAUGUCAAGGUCACCAUGGGAACGGGCACCUUCAUGGACAUCAACACCGGGAACAAACCACAUACGUCCCUAUCAGGUCUGUAUCCUCUGGUGGGUUGGAAGAUCGGCUCAGACGUGGUGUACCUGGCGGAGGGCAAUUCAGCGGACACAGGCACAGCCAUCAAAUGGGCACAGGCGCUGGAGCUAUUCUCAGACGUUAAGGAGACCAGCGACAUGGCUUACAGCGUCAGUAACUCUGACGGAGUGUGUUUCGUUCCUUCCUUCAGCGGCCUGCAGGCUCCUCUGAAUGACCCUAAAGCUUGUGCCUCCUUCAUGGGCCUCAAACCUUCCACGACUAAAGCUCAUCUUGUCCGUGCCAUUAUGGAGUCUGUCGCCUUCAGAAACAAGCAGCUGUAUGAGAUUAUGCUGAGAGAAACAAACAUUCCCAUCACCAAGAUCAGGGUGGACGGCGGCGUUUCCUCCAACGAUUUCAUCAUGCAGCUGACUGCAGACCUGAUUGGCAGAAAGUUAGGCAGACCCCAACACUAUGAAAUGUCUUGUUUAGGGGCGGCUUUUGUCGCUGGACUCGGAUCGGGCUUCUGGAAGACCAAGGAAGAGCUGAAGAAGCUGCAGAGCACCGACAAGAUAUUCCUGCCCAAAGGAGCACCAAAGGGCGAUAUCCCAAAUCAGGAAUACAUCCCCAUUCUGCAGAGCUGGGAGAGAGCUAUGCGACGAUCCAUGAAUUGGUACAACAAGCCUUGAAACCGGAGGGAGGUCCAGGGUUUUGGGUUUCGAAAGGAGAUGGUCCUUUUUAAACAAAAUCACAGUUUAAGAUGUAACAGCUAUUAGCUCAGUUAGUUAGUGUCUAGUUAAGGGUAAAUUUUAUAUGAUACAUAAAUGAUUUGGCAAUGAUGCUUUGCUGUGUAACAUUUAAAGGGAUAGUUUAAAUGUAUUUUUGUCAGCACCCCAGUUUGGAGAAGCAGGCUGUCAGGCUGACGGAAGCUAAGCUAGAUCUUUGCUUGUGUUGUUGAAGUGCCAGUAUAUUCGGGAUAUUUUCAAUAAUUUAUCGUGCGUCAGACGACCCUGAACUGAAGCGGUUAUUGACACUAUUUUGAAAGCCACCAGACUCUGUUGGCAUAAACAAUGUUUUUUUUUCCCUCACAGAACAUUGGGGUAGUUGGCCUCGAUCCGUUUGAUUAAGUGGGUUAGUUCGCAGUCGCCAAGGUCAUGAUGACCACAAUGACACAAACAAACUAAUCAGUAGAGGCAGCAGUAAACCAGCAACUCACAUAGUCUGGUGGCUUUGAUGAGCACAUGUAACAGCUUCACUCCCUGUCCCAGAAAGGGCCGUCUGAAAGUGGAAAUAUUCUAUAAAUUAGGGUUGUCACAAUACUAAAAUUUCGAUACCGAUACUCAGGAAAAUAUUCGAUACUCGAUACCACCAGGAUAAAAACAAAGACCCCAAAAUUUAACGGAAAUAUUUUUAUUAAUAAGAAAAAUGCAACAUGUAAAAAUUAACAGAACCACAGGUUAAGUAUUUAUAAUAAAAAACAGUUGUGCAAAAAGAAACUGCAACUAUGAUAACAAGCUUCAGAUACUCGAUACUUUUGAAAAUGAGUAUUGUAUCCGGAUACAACAUUUUAGUAUCGAUACUUUUUUGAGUAUCAAUACUUUUGACAACCCUACUAUAAAUCAAUUCUUCUUUAUUUUUUUACAGGCUAAAGUAUGUUUUGUUGCUGCCCCGUCCACAGCAGUACAUUGUUUAGCUUCUGUGCAUGUCCUCCUACCUGCUUUUCCAAACUUGUGGUGUGCCAACAGCCAUCUACUGAAGGUAAUACAUGACUAUGGAUAAUACCUCAUACAAGUCCUCUUCAAACGGUUCAAACUGUCCCUUUAACAGCAGCCACUUAGUCUCUCUGGGGGGUAAAUGCCAGCAGAAAACACGGCUAAAGGUCAUACUCUCACCUAGUGAAAUAGCACUGAUAACCAUGGUUGAAAGGUCCAGCCCACGUCUGAUCCAGGUCACAGUGCCGUCAGACACCUGCACAGCUUAAUCUUGUACUUGAUUUAUUUACACCACAGCUACCUUAUACUUUAUCCACAUGUCACGCCACUGGUGCCUCCUCAUAUUACAAUAUUUUGGGAUACUAUUUAUAUAUCUUCCCACAUGGGGGCGCUAACGGCUGGCCUUACAGCUUUUUCAGUUCUGAACCAUCAUCGCAGCCACAUGAUAGUAAGGAUUAAAGUCCUUGAUCUCAGAUUGACACUUGAUUAUCUGUGAGCAGCACUUGAGUCUUGUGUUCAUUAUGCCUCAGGAUGUAAAGGAUGUAAAAUAAGAUGCAGAAUUCCAAUAUUUUUUUAGACAUUUAACAACACCUAACAAACACAGUUUACUGUUUUCCUCUUAAACAUACCUGUUUCUUCUUUAUUUAACAGAAAUGUCUCUAUCAUUUCAAGGAAAUGUUAGUCCUCGGAAGAAAACAUCCAGCCUCACAAGUUGCCUUUUGGAAAUCUGGGGCAGCUUCAUGUUUAAAAUCAUAAAUGUUAGCUACAUGCUCUCCACAGUAUUUAUGUUCAAACUAUAAACAAUUAUUAAAUAUAAUGUUGAGUAGGGUUGCAAAGGGGUGGAACAUUUCUGGUAAAUUUCCAGAAACUUCACAUAGGAAGUUUUUGAAAUAUUCCAAAUUGGAAACAAUCCAUGGGAAUUAUGGCAAUUUAUGGGAAUUAACUGGAAAUUGGGGGUAAUUCAAAUGAAUUGUAUCAUAUCCAAACAUAGAUAUAAACAUUUUGUUUUGUCGUAAGCAGACAUCCAUGCAAAUAAUACAAUUAAAAACAUGACAUUUCAACAGAUUUAUUUCUAAGUAGGACUUUAUCAAGUUUUAAUUAUUUUAUUGAAAAAAGAGCCCCUCUCCCUCCAUGUGAUGGAGAAAUGCACAGUGCAUGUAGGGAGCGUGGUCUCGGUAGGGGGCGUGGCCUCCGCAGCCCUGCAGUAAGCUGUGUGCAUGUGAUUGAGGAAUUGCAGAUAUUCAUGAGUGUUUGCAUGAACUCUGGUUCAAGUUCCCUGUAAGUGUUUUGCUCUGUGUGAAAGAAUCCAGAUGGAUUUUGGUAUUUUCGAUGUCAGAGUUACUCGCUUUUCCGAUGCAAAAAAAACAUCUCCAUUGGAAAUUAAUUAGAAAAGUUUGUUCAAGCUGACAGUGAGUGGGAUUUUUUUAUAGGUAUGUGGGGGGAUUAGAACAUGAAUGAAUAUAAUAAUUAAUAGCAGUCAUUAAUCUCAAAUUUUGCUAUGGUUGUUUAUGGAUCUUUCAGGAAUUUAAAUAGGAACUGAAAUUGCUCAAAACAGAAUUAUGAUACAUAUAAAUGUGUUCAUUGCCCAUCUAUGUUGUGUUUCUGUCAUUUCAGUUAUUAGUUAAUGUUGAAUUGUUCCUUGGCUGGCAGCCAUGGUGAUGUCAUAUGAUAAAGUUUUGACUCAAGUCUUUGACCUGAUGAACUCUGAUGACAAAUGUUACAAAUUGUGAUGAUAAAUGCUAACAAAUGACUAAGUAAACAUAGACUGUGAAUCUCUCUAUGUAUUCCGUUUACACUGUGUUGUUAAAUGUUUUUACUGCAAUGUCAUUUUUUUAAAGGUUUGUUAUACAAAGGGACACUAUGCAAGAAUUAACAGCUCAGAUUGAAUAGGACAUUCCAUUUCUAACACUCAGCCCUGUUAUUGAAGGACAGGUGUCAUCACAAGCUGCUGCAAAACAACAAAUGAUACAUUUGUGUGAUCAAACAUUUUGUUACCAAAUUGCAUAGUAUUAAAGAAAUGUAAACGAU